GACGGUCAGCGCGGCAUCCAAAUACAACGGUGUUUGUGUUGUUAUGACGAAGCCGCGAACCGCAGAGCACCAAAUUCGAUGGGGCUCGGAAUUCUAAUCUAUCCACCACAGCCAACAUCAAUGGAGAGCAAUCACUUAAUCAUCGAAAAUGGCUGUAAUGGAGGAGACGUGAGCGGUGAUCAUCAUCAUCAUCUCGAAGCUUCACUGGGGCCUUCCACCCGGAUUAACAAGGGCUUGCCAUCGGAGCUCAAAGAGGUUUUCCUGGCGCGACAUCCCGAUUUGAGGCUAAAACUGCAUGGCGCAACAACCCCGGAUGAUGUGCCCACCGAUCCUUUCGUUACACCACCAUCUGUCCAUGCAAUAAGCAGUAUCAAGAUCCGCUCAGCUCCACUCUCAGCCAGUGAAGAUGAUCGAAAUGGCUCAGAUUCUUCAGCCUGCCCCCAUGAUCCAGAGCCGUCGGCGGAAUUCCCGGAUACGAAAGAUAUUGCUGAUGAUGGCCCAAAUAAACAGUUGUCAUUAGGUGCAUUGAACGGCGAAUGUACUCAGGAACAGCUGAAUGGCGGAGACGCAAGUAGUAUAAACGGAGUGCCGGAAGAGACCACUCCUGAAAAGGCAUUCGAAACGUUGGAAAGUGUUGCGCCACCGGUCAGAGUUCCGGUACCUGAUCAAGAGGACGGAGGCGUUGCAGCACCUCAACGGGAUGUCUCAGAGCAAGAAAAACAAAUACACAAACAGAGAGAAAACCAUCAACGUGCGCUUGCAGCUUCGAUGUCGCCGAAUAAUUAUGGCCCCGCAGCGAGUCAAUUACCCUCACUAGCGCGAGUGCAGAAGCAGCAACUGAAGCGGAAAUCCCCAAUGCCUUUUGAGGCCAGAGAUCUUCGGACGCCUUCCGAGCGAAGUUCCUCAACUGUAAGCAACGAGGAUUUGCAACAGAAAAAGCCGAAACUGCAGGAAAAUUCGACUCUGGUCACAAAUAAUAAGCUCUCCCGUUGUACGGAGGCAGCAGCAGUGCCUGGGGACGAUCAGUUGCGAAUUCCCAAUGAAAAAACGUUGAACAGAGCGCUUGAUCUAUUCCGAAAACCAGCCCCAGUGAUAGCAACACCAACGCAAGAUCCAGGGAUAGGCACAUCGAGCAAACAAAACACAAAGCAGCGAACUCAACCCAAAAAGUCUGCUACUCAAAAGACACUUCCGGACAACAAAGAGGGUAUGAGCAGAAAAGUAUUGCAAGAGAAAAUUGGACGUUUGCGUGAUAACAGUGGUCUAGCACUUAGUGUACCACAUCUUGAACGCGCCCAUCUCAAUCAGUUGGCAAAUUUACUACAGAGCUUCAGAGAUCGCAUUCCGAUUAACGAAUUGCUACCAAAACGAAUAGUUGAUCAUGUUUUUGAAGGAAAAGCACCAGGAAAAAAGGAUGAAGCCAUCACACGCAAAAUAACAAAACGCACAGAGGAUCGACUGAAGAAAUAUGUGGUGGACCCAGACGCAACCGAUUCAAGCAGUGAUGAGGAUGAGCAAAUGCCCUCCACCUCGAGCGCAGCAUCUUCGGCACAGAACUUCAGGAAUUCACCAGCUUAUUUCUAUUACCGCGAACGGGUACGCCUGGGUUGCCUUGAUGCAAAAGCUCUUUGCAUGGAAGAAGAUUGUCUGGAACGAAGAAAUGUCGUUUAUCGUCGAGUAUGGUUGGAAACUCUCCGAAAGCAAAAGAACUUGGUAUUUUUGGAUAACAAAAAUCCACGGCUGAUGAAUGGAGAAUUUUGUACAAGAUGCUUGCCAUUUGAUGGUAGCAGAAGACGAGUACUGAAGAGGAGGAAUUCACCAGCUUAUUUUUAUUACCGCGAACGGGUACGCCUGGGUUGCCUUGACGCAAAAGCUCUUUGCAUGGAAGAAGAUUGUCUGGAACGAAGAAAUGUCGUUUAUCGUCGAGUAUGAGUUGAUGAAGCAGCAGAUAAAGCUACGGAAGAGAUUCCAUCGUUUCUGGAUACAGCAGCACGUGUGCGUUCAUACGCUUCAAUCGAUAAUAGAGUGUGCGAGCUUUCUUCGACUUCAACGUUGCCGUUGGAACGGAGAAUUGAGCUGUAUUGCCAUCGGCUGUCAACACGUCCAGAAAUAUAUUUACGCAAAAGGUUGGAGCAAACACCCUGGUCUGCGUUUUUGGAGGAACGAAAAACAGCAGUGAAAGAAGCUGUGAUUGUUGAGGAACGACCGGCAAGAAAAAAGGAGGAACGGAGCGGAAGCGAGAGCAGCUAUGAGGACGUCGAAGAAUACGAACAACCACCACCGCGCCAUACUCAGCGCGCAUCAAAAACGAAACGCCCCCCAGCAAAGCCAAGACGACAGCCAUCAAAGGCGAUAAAACGACCGCAAGAGCGGAAGAAGAGCGAAGAUAGUAGGAGUCGCAAAUUCGGUGAUCAGAAACCCAAACUACCUCGUUCAACUAACCUCGAAGAAGGCGCAGCCCCGGAACCGAUCCCGGGCCUUCCGCAGAAGAUUGAUUACAAAGAAAUUUGCAUACCUCAGUUGGAGCAAACACCCUGGUCAGCGUUUUUGGAGGAACGAAAAACAGCAGUGAAAGAAGCUGUGAUUGUUGAGGAACGACCGGCAAGAAAAAAGGAGGAACGGAGCGGAAGCGAGAGCAGCUAUGAGGACGUCGAAGAAUACGAACAACCACCACCGCGCCAUACUCAGCGCACAUCAAAAACGAAACGCCCCCCAGCAAAGCCAAGACGACAGCCAUCAAAGGCGAUAAAACGACCGCAAGAGCGGAAGAAGAGCGAAGAUAGUAGGAGUCGCAAAUUCGGUGAUCAGAAACCCAAACUACCUCGUUCAACUAACCUCGAAGAAGGCGCAGCCCCGGAACCGAUCCCGGGCCUUCCGCAGAAGAUUGAUUACAAAGAAAUUUGUAUACCUCACUGGGAGCGAAAGCCACUGAAUUUAACAGCGGAAGGCGCAGCAUGCAUGCAUUUGGCUGAAGCUGCAUGUGUAGCGGACAUUUCAAGACGACAUUUACCCUAUGAACUGAAUGAACGGAAACGAUUCCAGCAGUACAGGUACGCUUUUUUGGAGAUGCUUGGCGAUAGCGAGCAAAUUUUGCAUAAUGGUGUAGUGGCACACCUAUAA